AUGUCUGCGAUCCCCACGAUGAAAACAUCAUUGGAACCUGCAAGCCGCAGUCAAAAAGACAUCGAAUCCUGUCCAGAACAGUCUUCGAGCCACGACGAGCAUCCAUCGAUCGAGGAUGAAAAACGUGUCAAAUUUGACAAAGGGCGAGAAGACGAUCACAUGUACUCGCAGAUACUUGCACAACAAGCUGCCGAAGCUCCGAAGGAAUACUUCUUCAGUUUCCACUACAUCUUGACCAUGGUCUCCAUGUCUUUGGUUGUUGUGUCGACGUACUUUGGCUUCGCAGUUCCUGCCUCUGUCGUGACCUUUAUCAAUACGGAUAUCGGACCCAGCGACAAUGCGAGUCUGUUCGCCAUCGUCUGGACCAUGUGCUGCUCCAUCGGGAUCAUGCUCACCGGUCGACUCUCUGAUAAGUUUGGCCGACGAUACUUUGUCCUAACUGCUGGAGGCGCUUCAAUAGUGGGUGGUAUAGUGGCAGCCACGGCCAGGAACAUGAACGUCUUGAUCGGCGCAAAUACCAUCAUUGGCCUCGCCGGUGGUGUCUACUCGUCAUUGACUCUAUUCUCCGGAGAGCUCAUUCCACACAAGUACAAAUUUGUGGGAAUGACUUUUGUACUUGUUCCAGUCGUCUGCUGUACAGGUCUGGCCGCUUAUGUUGGACGGGCCCUAGUCGAGACAAGGAAUUGGAGGUGGAUCUACUACAUUUACUUGAUCAUCACAGGCGUGGCAUUUCUAAUCCAACUGUUUGUGUACCAUCCUGCGAACUUCCAGCAACUUCAUGGGGCCCGCAGGACCCGCAUGCAAGAGUUGAGGCGUGUGGACUUUGGUGGCAUUGUUCUUAUUGUUGUCGGGCUUACCCUGUUCCUACUCGGUGUCUCCUGGGGGGGAAACCCACGACCGUGGACUUCGGGGCUAGUCCUAGGACUUCUGAUUCCUGGGGGAGUCAUAGUGGUGGCGUUUCUGUUUUACGAGGCAUAUUGUCCGAGUCCGAACCCGUUUGUCGAGAUGAGGCUCUUCAAGAACGUUCGAGGAUUUGUUUGCCUGAACAUCAUUUCCAUGGCUGGGGGAGCUCUAUAUCUCUCUCUUCAGCUCAUUUGGCCUCAACAGGUUGUGGCUGUCUUCUCUCAACAGACAAAGACGUGGCAAGAUUCAGCAUGGAUGAGUACUGCAGUUGGCUGGGGUGUCUGGGCAGGCAUCGUACUGGUGUUCCCAUUCAUCAACGUGAUCAAGCAUAUACGUCGACAACUUCUCGUCCUUGCCAUCAUGGCUGUCGCGUUCAUGGCUGCCCUGGCCACCGUCGACAGACACGACAAAUCCAAAGCCAUUGCGUUCGCCUUCCUUGCAGGCUUCCCACUCGGAUUGCUCGACUCAGGCCUGACAGUCAUUGUGCAACUAGAUGUGGAUGAUAUGGAUCUCGGCAUGGCAUAUGCCAUUCUUUCGGCUGUUCGCACUGUAUCGGGCGCAAUCUUCCAAGCAGUCUUUAUUGCCGUUCUGACGUCAAAGUCCAAGUCGGAAAUCGCUGCCAGAGUGCCGGCUGCAGUUCUCCAGGCUGGAUUACCCCAGUCAUCCCUCCCUCAACUCUUCCAGGCUAUCCAAGCUCAAAGCCCGACGGCUGUUGCUGCAGUACCAGGCAUGACCACGGCAAUAUCGACUGCAUUGACUGAGAGCAUGUCUGAUGCUUACGCAAAAGCUUUUUCCUUCGUCUACUAUUCAGGUGUGGCCGUUGGGGGGACUGCAAUCAUCGCGUCCCUAUUCCUGAAGGACUAUGAUCAAUUCUUGACCUCGCACACGCCUAGGCAGAUCUACAAGAGAAACGAGCAGGCAAAGACCCUCCAAAAAUUCCGUAAGGUGGGAAUAUAUAUCGGCUUCGCUUUCUUGAUCCUGGCCCAAGCCGCCAUUCCCCCCGUUACACUGAUUGGUCUCAUCUUCAUUCCCGAAUCGCCACGAUCCUUGGUGUCAAAGGACCGCCAUGAAGAGGCUCGUGAGAUACUGAUCCAACAUAAUGCCGGUGGAGACGCCAUAUCUCCCAUCGUCGAUUUUGAAAUGGCCGAGAUCCAAACUACCAUUCAAAUGGAGAAGGAGGCCCAUCAAACAACCAGCUACAUGGACAUGGUCAAGACACCAGGAAACCGUCACCGCCUCUUCAUCUCGGUGACGCUUGGCUUUUUCGCAUAG